UCCCAUUAUCUCCCACAGGUCUUGUCAUAGGAUAAAGGUAGAAGUGCAGAAGUUGAAUAGGCUUUCAGUUUCAGUAUUGGCAUUUACAGCUUUUCGGGAAAGCAAUCUGUGCCACACCUUAAAGUGGAUGGAGUCCUGCUAUUAACAUAUUAUUGUCUUAUUAUGCCAGUGCUCCAUGUAGCUCCACCUCUGGUGUUUUGGAAUUACUUUAAAUGUGCAUAUAAGUGUGUAUACUGUUGAGAUGCUUGCCAUUUCGAUGGCAGGGUUGGACAAAUCAGACCCAACAAAGUUGUAGUCUUAAAUCAGGUGUGAUGCAGUAACUGCCAGGUUUUACUAUUUGAUAUAAUGGCAAUACAUUCAAGAGUACUAAAACAAGGUGAGGUCAAAUUUGGUCCCUGCUUUUGUCAAACCCACCAAACAAGCUAUCAGAGAAGGAGGACAUACAAAAGAAUGAAAAGAUUGUAGGAACAGGAGUACAGAGCACACUGUAGUAUGGUGGAAGUGGACAGGACAAAAGAUGUUUGUCCAGUUUCCUUAGGAGAACAGGACUGAGCGGACACUGUAGGAGUUGGCUAACUCCACAUGGUGGCAGUAAUGCAACGCACAGGCUGCUAGCUACCGUUAAGCCUGACAGAAGAGGAAGAGGAAGCCUCUCGUCAGCCAGCUGCUUGCUCGGUGAAAUAAACAAGACGAUGUCGUCAACUAUGAUGCUCUUAGUGCAGCUGCACUAAAAGUACAACACUGUAUUCAACAAGGGGCGUUGGAUAUUGUGUUUGACUACAUUUGUGGAAACUGUCCUUUGAGUUCUCGGAUCGAGCCAGACACCAUUUUCGCAAGUUGUGUGGACUAUAAACAUUUGCAAUGCCUCUGAUGUUUUUGGAGAGGUUUCCCUGGCCCAGCCUACAGACCUACACGGCACUGAGUGUGGCUUUGCUUGCUGGCAGCAUCUUCAGUGCCUACACCACUGUGACUGACCCGGGAUUUGGGGCCUUGGAAAAUGAUGAAACACCAGCUCCCUCUGAAGUGGAUCUUGAACAUCUAAACAAUGAUAUAAGUAACACGGAAUUGGCAACCACUGUCCUGUGGUAUCUUGUCACUGACAGUCUCUUUGUAUGGGUCCUAGUUAACACGUUCUGCUGCUCUUUGAUGUUAAUUGCAAAAAUGAUUCAGUAUGUGGUGUUUGGCCCACUGAGAGUCAGUGAGAAGCAGCACCUGAAAGAUAAGUUUUGGAACUUCAUCUUCUACAAGUUCAUUUUCAUCUUUGGAGUAUUGAACGUACAGACAGUGGAGGAGGUGGUCAUGUGGUGUUUGUGGUUCUCUGCCCUGGUGUUUCUCCACCUCAUGGUGCAGCUCUGCAAAGACCGAUUUGAAUAUCUUUCUUUCUCGCCCUCCACUCCCAUGAACAGCCAUGUGCGAGUGCUUUGUCUGCUGGUCUCCCUGCUGCUGGACUGCUGCGGCCUCGCUCUGGUCUGCGGUCUGCUGGGAGCCACCCAUGGCAUGCACACCCUCUCCUUUAUGGCAGCAGAGUGUCUGCUGGUGACUGUGCGCACUGGGCAUGUCAUCAUGCGAUACUCCAUUCAUCUGUGGGAUCUGAACCAUCCAGGGACCUGGGAGGGUAAGGGGACAUAUGUCUACUACACAGACUUCAUCAUGGAGCUGGCUAUGCUCUUCCUGGACCUCAUUCACCAUAUACAUAUGCUGCUUUUUGGUAAUAUCUGGCUGUCCAUGGCAAGCUUGGUUAUCUUCAUGCAGCUGCGGUAUCUCUUCCAUGAGGUCCAGCGCCGCGUCCGCCGACACAAGAACUACCUCCGUGUCAUCAACAACAUGGAGGCCAGAUUUGCUGUUGCUACCGCAGAGGAGCUGGCUGCUAAUGAUGAUGAUUGUGCCAUCUGUUGGGAUACCAUGGUCACAGCACGCAAACUACCCUGUGGACAUCUCUUCCACAACUCUUGUUUGCGCUCAUGGCUCGAGCAGGACACCUCGUGUCCAACAUGUCGGACAUCCCUGAACAUUAAUGGGGAUGGGGGCCAGGCCAGAAGCCAGCAGCAGGGUGGGGGUUUGGAAGACAACAUCGGCCCGGUGGGAGCUGCUGCAGAUGCUAGACCACACAUCAACCAACACAAUCACUUCUUCCACUUUGAUGGGUCUCGCAUUGCCAGCUGGCUGCCCAGUUUCUCAGUGGAAGUGAUGCACACCACCAAUAUCUUGGGCAUCGCUCAGGCCAACAACUCCCAGCUCAUGGCCAUGGCCCAUCAGAUCCAGGAGAUGUUCCCUCAGGUGCCCUCCUACCUGGUGAUGCAGGACCUGCAAUUGACCCGCUCUGUGGAGGUCACCACUGACAACAUCCUGGAGGGACGCAUCCAGGUGCCUUUCCCAACGCAGGCCAUAGAGCGUGGCCCCACACAGGUGAGCCCUGCACCAGACGAGCAGGAAGGGCCCAGUGGAGCAGCUGAGCAGGGCCUCAGUGAGUCAGACAACAUGGAGGUGAGAGGAGGCCGCUUCUCGAAGUCAGCUGAGGAGAGGCAGAAGAUGUUAAAGCAGAGGAAAGAAGAGAUGCUCCAGCAGGCACGCAGGAGAUAUCUGAACAAGAGUCCAGAGGACCAGGAUGAGGAUUUGCCUGGACUGGAGGAGGACAUUGUUCCAGAAUUGAACUUGACUGUGCUGAGACGUAGAACCAUGGCGGCAGCUGCAGAGAGACGCAUGCAAAAUCAGCAAGACCCCGCCCCCUGAUACACAGAUUGGCUUCAGCAGAAGAGUCUACAACAUCGUCAUCCCAAGAGGCACUGAACUAUUUCAUCUCCCCUCCCCCCAUUUGGUGUACAGUCAAUGGUCAUCACGUAUUCAAUAAUUAAAAAGCAUUGCAAACAUGGCCUUUGGACUGUUUUGGGCUGCCUAAAUAAGGUGGGACUGUUGUGAAUGGCUUCUGCCUCACUGAUUCCAGAGUAUUUGGAGCAUAUUAUAAAUUGAUGGGUGCAAGUCAAGAAAUGCAAGGUUGCAUUGCCCUUUAUUCAUGUGCCACACAUUGUAACAACCAGCUUGAGUGGGGAGUCAGUAUCUGCAAUGAAGGCUGUCAAAGAUGAGCAUGCAUUCAGAAGAGUCUUAUGAGAGGGAUUUAAAGGUUUCAUUACUAGAUAAAGCUGUUUGGGUCCUUGUUUGUUUUCCUUUUAUCAGAUUUCUUUUUUUUAUUCCUUUGUGUUGAUCUUGGCAGAAAGCUACGUAUUCUGGAUGAAGAAACUCAUCUGAUGUAUUUGUGUGUUAUCCUUUUAUGAGUUUCAACUGUGAAUUAAGUGUAGGCAAAAUAACAACACGUUUUUAUUUCUUACCUCGGAGUAAGAGAAUGUCACUUUAGUAUUGGUCAGCCUUUCUGUCAAAUAUGAAUGUUUCUAUCAAAAUGAUGCAAACAGUGUUUUUGACCCGCAUGGGUUCUGUAUGUAGUGUGUAAUAUCACCCAUUGCAAACAGUUUGCAUUUUAUUUAACAAGGGGGGGGGGGGUGGACCUGUAAAUCUUUUUUUUCUAAUAUUGUUCCCUUGAGAUACAUGGGCAGCAAAGGGGGUAAUUUACAUUUUGUACAAGUACAAUGAGUGUCAUCCUCUUAGUCUUUGUUCAGUUAACCUUUGUUCCUGAGCAGUUCUCUCUGGGUAAGACCAUUUUAUUUUCCACAGAGUACAGUAAUUGGUCUUUGGUGAUCUGUCGCCAUCAUAUUGGAAUUUUUAGGGUAUAUAGAUGUUAGGUCAACAGCUGGACUUGCUGGACAAUCAUUUGAAGACGUUUUGUCACUCAUUCAAGCAGAAUUUAGUAGCAGCAAAACAUUUUCAAGACUUGACAACAAAUCCAGCUGUCUCUGAUUUGACACCUCUAGAUAUUCUAUGACCUGAAUGACUGAGAGAGUCUUUGUGAAGAAGUUUUAGGGUGUCUUUAUUUGUGCGGCUUGUGUCCACUCACAUUGAGGAGCGCUAAUUUAAAAAGUAUACCAAGGAGGAACGUAAUCAUCCUCUGCUCAGAGAUUUCAGUAAUGUCCAGCAAUGUACGACAUGGACUGGGCCCUUGAAUCAGUUUUGGUAUCGUCAAAUUUCACAAAAUCUGUAGCUGGUUGAUACAUAUCAACGGACACAAAGAUGGAGAUUGUCUGUAUUAUAAGUGUUUGGUUUCUUGUGAUUACAGUGCAAGGGCAGUUUGGGGUGAGAUAUGCAUGUAUCUAGAUAAGUGCUUCUGUUUCCUUCCAGUUUAUCCCAAAGAGCAGCCCACAAACUUCCACUAAAAGCUGAAGUGUUGUGAUCUUUAUCGUGUGUUUAUUUUAUUGAUCAAACUCUGUUUCAGAGGAUUCAAUAUAGGAUUUAGAUUUCAGUGAGUCAAAUGUAAAGAAAAGAAAUUGGACACUUGUUUUUAUUUUCAGUCUUUCCAUACAGUUGUUUAACAGUUCUUAAUACCCAUGAUAUAUUUUCCUAUUCAUGGGUUAUCUUUCAUAACCAUUGCUUAUUUAGUCAAAACUGAAAUACUUUUUUGAACUGAGCUUUCCUGUAUUUUUGUGCCUAAAUCAAGAAUGAUUCAGUUAUGGAUAAUUUCUGUAAAUCUAGUUUUUGUAAAAUAUGUUAAUACAAAAGACUCAAUAAACAGAGCUUCUACAGCUUUUUAACAAAG